AUGAUUAAAGUUAGGGCUAAGGUAAUGGCUAAGGGGGGUUAGGGCAAUAAUUUAACCAUUUUUUUCUUUGAAACUCAAAAGUUUUAGGAUUGCAACAUUGACAGAGACGAUGGUUCAUUGGUUGUGUUCAAAGAAGGCGAAUAUAGCUACAUGUACAAGAUCUCUGAUUAUAUUGUACCACGGAGUUGUACCAAUGGACCUUGUGUGAUUAGAGACGUUAGAAAGUAAGAAUUUUUUUACAAUUUUUUAUUUCUAAAAUUUUUUCACUUUUUUGACUGUAUUUUGCACCUUUACUACGCUUUUAUUUACUAUAUAGUUUAUUCUGGCGUACUGUGCUUUAUCAUACAGCUACAAAUUUACUGUAGCCCACAACAACAGCCACAACCGGGUACUAGACAAAUUGAUAAUUUUUUAAUAAUGACAUUUUCAGACAGAUUGACUACGAAAUUCCGCAUAACUUGACCACUUUUACUGGCCCACCUCCUGGGCAAAGAAUUGGAAUCAUCCCUAUCUUGACCACCAAAUCCAGAAUGAUUUUAAAACGUGUUGGAUGGAAGUACAAUUCAGCUCAAGACGUUAUGGCACAUUGGACAUUUUUCUUCAUUUUAGGCUUAUUUUUAAUUUUGUGA